UGUUUGCCCAGGCUGUUUGCGCUUGCCACGGGCUUGUUUGCACCGGACGCCCUGCUGUUGACAGCCUCAGAGAAGCGUGUGACAGUUGGCAGGCGCAGUGAGGCACAGCGGGAGCCAAGUUGCUGCUGAGGCCAAGGCUGCGUUUGGGGAGGACAGAAGAGCGAUGAGGGGCAGGAGGCGAUGCAGCGCGCCCCGAACUCCGCAGCAUAGCGGCGAUCCGCACAGAGAGCAAGGGAUGAUGAAGCGAGGCCUGGAAGAGCAUCACCCGGGCUCCCCAGGCCCCUGGUUAUUUCAUUUCAAUGGUUCGCCGGGUCGCCCGGCUUUGACACUGGAAACUAUGGGGGCUGGAGACUGGAGAUGAGGGCUCCAGUGCUGGAGGGCGGGGGCGUCAAAGAGAGUUUCGCCUUCUCCGGCCUAGCUCUGCUGGCCUGGCCACCUGCAGCAGCGGCUGCACCCCAAGGAGCCGCAGGUGUUGAUUUAAGGCUAGCGGGGCAGGCCUUCAGCCCACAUCCUGCGGCUCCCGCGGCCCCGGUCUGAUCCAGUGCCGGGUUUUGUGAUCCGCCUGCCUGUAGAUGCCGCGCCCCGAUCCGCUGGCCGCCCAGACUCCUUGGGGGUCUUCCCCCCACUUCAGUCAGGCCACCGGGUGCAUGGGACCUCUGUGAUGUGAGCCAGCAGCCCUGCCAAGACGACCCACAGUGCCUGCUCCCUCAAGCCUUAGCAGAGUGAGCUCCCCGGGGCCACACUUCCCAGGGAAACCGAAGCUUCGCAGUCCGGGAGCGACCUUCGUCCAUAGAUCCUGCUUUGCCUUCAGAUCUUGGCUACAGUGGCACCUUCCAGGCCUCUCCUCAACAAGCAUCCGAAUUAGCGACCCACUCAAUCUCCGUCACAUCACCUAGAUUUAAUGCUGAGCUGGGCAUUUAUAUCAAUCUCGUGUGUCUUGUGUUUGUUUAUUAUCUGUCUCUGGAAUGUCUCCUCGACAGAGGCAAUGACUGUGUUUUACCAGCGCGGAGCUGGGUUCCCGGCUCCUAAGGCCGGGCCGGGCCUGGCCGGGACGUUAUAGGCUAUCACAUUUGCUUAAUGACUGACCGCUGUUCGGGGCACUGAAACAGACCGAGUUGCUGGCCUUUUCUGUCAGGGGCGGGGCUUGUUCCAGUCACGCCCCCCCCCCGGCCCGCCCCCAGAUCUAACCCGCUCCCUCCUCUCCACUCCCUGGAAUCCGCUGGGGCCUGUGCAGUGCUUUUCCCUCUAGUUUCCCUCGCUCUUUCUGCAGCUGUCGCUAAAACCCGGAGCUGUGGAUUUUGGAGCGAGCGGAGCGGCGCCGCUCCUCGCGGCACCUCCCCGACAGACCUCGGCGCUGCGCUGGGCAUGCUCAGUUGGUAGGGCCGCUUCAGCGUUCGGAGUAGGAAGCUUGGACGCUCCUGCUGUAAGGAGCUGCGGCCGGGGGAAGAUGGAGCCCUUCACCAAUGAUCGGCUUCAGCUCCCCAGGAAUAUGAUUGAAAACAGCAUGUUUGAGGAAGAACCAGAUGUGGUGGAUUUAGCCAAAGAGCCUUGUUUACAUCCUCUAGAGCCUGAUGAGGUGGAGUAUGAGCCCCGGGGUUCACGACUGCUGGUGCGGGGCCUUGGUGAGCAUGAGAUGGAUGAGGACGAAGAAGAUUAUGAGUCUUCUGCGAAGCUGCUGGGCAUGUCCUUCAUGAACAGAAGCUCAGGCCUUCGGAACAGUGCAACUGGUUACAGGCAGAACUCAGAUGGGACUUGUUCAGUACCCUCUGUGAGGACCAUGGUGGUCUGUGCUUUUGUCAUUGUGGUUGCCGUUUCUGUAAUCAUGGUGAUUUAUCUACUGCCCAGAUGUACCUUUACCAAAGAAGGCUGCCAUAAAAAAAACCAAUCACUGGGACUAAUUCAGCCACUUGCAACAAAUGGGAAGUUGUUUCCAUGGGCACAAGUCAGGCUUCCCACUGCCAUCAUGCCAGUACGCUAUGAACUUAACCUCCACCCAAACCUAACCUCAAUGACAUUCAAGGGUUCUGUGGCGAUUUCCCUUCAAGCUCUUCAGGCCACAUGGAAUAUCAUUCUUCACAGCACAGGCCAUAAUAUUUCAAGAGUGACCUUUGUGUCAGCAGUUUCAAGCCAAGAAAAACAGGUCGAGGUCCUGGAAUAUCCAUUUCAUGAACAGAUUGCCAUUGUUGCCCCCGAGGCCCUUCUUGAAGGACACAAUUACACCUUGAAGAUAGAGUAUUCGUCCAAUAUAUCUAGUUCUUACUAUGGGUUUUAUGGCAUCUCCUACGCAGAUGAAAAUAAUCAGAAAAAGUACUUUGCAGCAACUCAGUUUGAACCCUUGGCAGCAAGAUCUGCUUUUCCUUGUUUUGAUGAACCAGCAUUUAAAGCCACAUUUAUCAUCAGGAUCGUAAGGGAUGAGCAAUACACUGCUUUAUCAAAUAUGCCUAAGAAGUCAUCAGUCAUGGAAGAUGGACUUGUUCAGGAUGAGUUUUUUGAGAGUGUGAAGAUGAGCACUUACCUGGUUGCUUUCAUUGUCGGGGAGUUGAAGAACCUGAGUCAGGACGUAAAUGGAACUCUGGUUUCUAUAUAUGCUGUCCCAGAAAAGAUUGGUCAAGUUCACCAUGCCUUGGAAACAACUGUGAAGCUUCUUGAGUUUUAUCAAAACUACUUUGAAAUUCAGUACCCACUAAGGAAAUUGGAUUUGGUGGCUAUUCCUGACUUUGAAGCAGGAGCAAUGGAAAACUGGGGUUUGCUCACCUUCCGAGAAGAGACACUUCUCUAUGAUAAUAAUACUUCUUCAGUGACGGAUAGAAAACUGGUUACCAAAAUCAUUGCUCAUGAGCUGGCCCAUCAGUGGUUCGGUAAUCUGGUAACAAUGCAGUGGUGGAACGACGUAUGGCUGAAUGAAGGUUUUGCUACUUUCAUGGAGUAUUUCUCUUUGGAAAAAAUAUUUCAAGAGCUCUCCAGCUAUGAAGAUUUCUUAGAUGCUCGAUUUAAAACCCUGAAGAAAGAUUCCUUGAAUUCAUCUCAUCCAAUAUCAUCAUCAUCUGUUCAGUCUUCAGAACAGAUUGAAGAAAUGUUUGAUUCUCUUUCCUACUUUAAGGGAGCUUCUCUCUUGUUGAUGCUGAAAACUUAUCUUAGUGAAGAUAUAUUUCAACAUGCUGUUGUUCUUUACCUGCAUAAUCAUAGCUAUGCAUCUGUUCACAGUGAUGAUCUGUGGGAUACUUUUAAUGAGAUCACAAACAAAACACUAGAUGUAAAGAAAAUGAUGAAAACCUGGACCCUGCAGAAAGGAUUUCCUUUAGUGACUGUUCAAAGAAAGGGAAAGGAACUUCUUGUACAACAAGAAAGAUUCUCUUUAAAUAUGAAGCCUGAAAUUCAGCCUUCAGAUGCAAGCUAUCUAUGGCAUAUUCCACUAUCCUAUGUCACUGAUGGAAGAAAUUAUUCAAAACAUCGAUCGGUAUCAUUACUGGACGAGAAAUCAGAUGUCAUCAAUCUCACAGAAGAAGUGCAGUGGGUCAAGGUCAAUAUAGACAUGACCGGCUAUUAUAUAGUACACUAUGCAGACGCCGACUGGGAAGCACUGAUCAAACAGUUGAAAAUAAAUCCUUAUGUCCUGAGUGACAAAGACCGAGCCAGCCUCAUCAACAACAUCUUUGAACUUGCAGGCAUAGGCAAGGUGCCUCUCCAGAGAGCUUUUGAUUUGAUUGAUUAUCUUAGAAAUGAGACUUAUACUGCACCCAUCACUGAAGCCCUUUUCCAGACAGAACUCAUCUAUAACCUCCUUGAAAAAGUGGGAUACAUGGAUGUGGCCUCAAGACUGGUGACCAAGGUAUAUAAGUUGCUUCAAAGCCAAAUCCAACAGCAGACUUGGACUGAUGAGGGCACCCCAUCUGCUCGAGAGCUUCGGUCGGUCUUGCUGGACUUUGCUUGCACCCAUGACCUGGAGAACUGCAGCACUGCUGCCCUGAAGCUGUUUAAUGAUUGGAUGGCAUCCAAUGGGACUCAGAGCCUACCUACUGAUGUCAUGACGACUGUGUUCAAGGUUGGAGCAAAAACGGACAAAGGCUGGUCGUUCCUCUUAAGCAAAUAUGUCUCUGGAGGCUCUGAAGCAGAGAAGAAUAAAAUACUUGAAGCUCUUGCCAGCUCAGAGGAUGUAUGGAAACUUUACUGGUUAAUGAAAAAUAGCCUCAGCGGAGACAUCAUUCGCACCCAAAAGCUAUCAUUUAUCAUUAGGACAGUGGGCCGACAUUUUCCUGGACACUUACUGGCAUGGGAUUUUGUCAAAGAAAACUGGAAUACGCUUGUUCAGAAGUUCCAUCUGGGGUCCUAUACCAUACAAAGUAUUGUGGCUGGAUCAACUCACCUGUUUGCAACAAGGACACAUUUUUCUGAGGUCCAGGCAUUCUUUGGAAAUCAGUCAGAGGCAACCUUUCGUCUUCGUUGUGUGCAGGAGGCUUUGGAAGUUAUUCAGUUGAACAUCCAGUGGAUGGAGAAGAACCAUAAAAGUCUGAUGUCCUGGCUGUAGCAUUCACACCUGCCCCUCAUUCUGUCACCCACUCAGAGAGCUUGUUAACUUGGGCUCUGCUGCUUUUGCAAAAGCCAAGGUGAAACCAGGAUGGCUGCUGAGUUGUUUGCACUCUUAAGGAGUUCUCGUUUGCUCAGGGCCCAUCUGUAUUUUUCAUCUGUCUUUUCUGACAUGUCUUUGGCAGUGUGUAGUUAUUUAUUACAAAAUUAUAUUCACCUGUAUGCCAACCAUCUACAAAAACAAUGGGUAAUUUUUCUACUUUGAAGAUAUUCAAAUGGGGGAAAACAUCUGUUUGGAAUUCUGUUUCUUAGAAUCUGGAAGGUACUGACAUCAUGAAAUAAGGAAAAAGCUGCUGUGGGAGCCACCAUCUUUGCAGGCUGCUGAUUUGUUAGCCAUUUGUUGCUUCUUGUUGAUGUUAUUUGAAUGUGGUUCAGAGUUAGCUUCAGAAAGUAUGAUAAUGAAGUCGACGAAGCAUGCAACCGUAGAACCUCAGGUGUGCAGAUCUACUUUGAUUUGGGGUUUUGAAUAAUCCUUUAUUUUCUGGAAAAAGUUUAUAACUACUUUUUUUUUUCUGAAGACUAGCCAGGUGCUACAGAAUUUUUAAAUUUUUGUUGUAUUGUAAAGAUAAAUAGCAAGGCCAAAAGAUUAAAUUUUCCAAAUAUUUAACCCUCUCUUUUUCAUCUUUCAGAAAAAUAUUUCAAACUGAGUUAGCAUUAAUUCGAAUUAUUUUACUCAUGAAUUCCAGUAUUCUCCAAAUCUGUACACCUUUAAUCACUCCCUGCCAUAAGUAUACCUUAUGUUAUGAAUAAGUAUUUCUACAUUUAUGGCAAAAGCAUUUUUGAAAUACUGGUGUCUCUUAUUAUGGCUUUAUUUCUAAGAAUACCAUUUCAGUUGCUUUUUGGCAUGAUAGAUCAUAGAAACUUUCUCUGAAUCAUACCCAUGAUGUAUUUUCAUUUUAUAUGAUAGAGUCACAUAGUAGAAGCAUAUUUUAAAAUAGGGCCUUUGGAAAAUUGAACAUUUUUGUUUGAAGUUCACCAUAGUACCUUAAAGGAAUAAAGAGAAUGUGAGUAGGAGUAAGCUGAUUUAGGUUGAAUAUGGUGGGCUUUGAAUGUUUUCUACUGUCAAAAAUAGUACUUUUCUUUAUUUAAAAAAAAAAUCAAAGUUUUGUUUUGUCAUGGCCAAACAGAUUAUAAGAAAUGGUGAAAGAAAGAAAGAAAGGAAGAAAGAACGAAAGGAAGAAAGAAAAAGAAUCCAAAACUCUAUGGUAAUUUUACUCCUUCUAAAGGAGAAACACUGUACUUGAAUUUUUUGAGCUAUGCAGACUUAACCUAGAUUGUUGUGUUUCUUUGGUUCUUAAGAGAAAAGUUUUCUUCCUAAUAAUUCUUACACUUUAUAUUUUGCUUGAAAACAUCUACAUACAUAAAAAGGGUAUUUACCCAUUCUUGAGCACGUAAAACACUCCACACAAUCAGACAGUGGGAAAGGUUCCUUUUUUAUUAUUAUUAUUCAGCAGGUAUAAAGGGAGAAUAUUGGGACUGUGUAAAUUAUAUUUUAUUUUAUGAAAAUAUUUUUAUAUGACAAAACUUAAGAGGCUGGGAAUAGAAGCUAAAAGAUAGCCUUCUUUAGUCCUAGUAUGUUUUCCCCCAAUUUAGUCUAUUCUAAAUUUGCAUUUAUCUCUCUGUUUUAGAGUGGAAAAUAUUAUUACCUGAGAAUAGCAUAAUCAUCUGAAAAUGUUUUCUUGAAACUAGGGUGAUUAUAGGUCUUUAUUCCUCUUGUGCUUCAGUAAAUCAGUGAUAAUUUAGUUGCCAUUCAAAAGUUAGUGUGUUUUUAUAUUUUUAGAGUGGGGAAAAAUACUAAACUUUUGAAGUUUUUUUUUUUUUUGGUUGCUGGUUUUUUUUUACUAUAUUACUAAAGUCCACUUUGAUACAGAAUUUAAAUUUUGCUACUUCUCAAAAUCGGUUAAGAGUCUUUAGUUUUACCUGCCCAUCUUUACAUUGUUCCUGUAAUGUCUGUUAAUUCUGCAUAUGGCAAAUCUUGUCUUGAAUUAUAUCAUCCUUUCCUGUGAAUGUGUGUGUGUUGGGCGGGGGUUGUUAUAAUUAAAACCUGAUCAAAACAUGGACUAAAAAAGAGAUAAUUCGUGAUCCAUUUCUAUCUUUGUAUUCAAAAGCCACUCAUUCCCACGACAGCAGAUCCAUACCAUUUGUUGUUCACUUCAGAUUUUCCCAUGGAUUUCCAUACUCUUUAAUGUUAUGUUACCCCAUCCAUUCGGGGCUUUCAAAAACUAACUCUGAGUCAGGAAUAUAAGGGUACAUAAUAGGUAUAACAGGAGUUCUCUCGUGAAGCAGUAGAUUAAAGAUCUGGCAUUCUCACUGUAGAGGCUCAGGUCACUGCUGGGGUGCAGGUUCAGUUCAUGACCUGGGAACUUCCACCUGCUACAGGUAUGGCAGGGAAAAAAAAAGAAUAGGUAGGACAUAUAGUAUAAUAAGUAUAAUUGGAGCUUUUGAAGUUAUUUUCUCCAAAAUUUUAUUUAGCCACUGUAUUUCUCAGCACUCACAUAGACUGAAGCACAGCAGUUGUAGAAUGCUUUUUUAUAUGAGCACAUAGAUCCAUGACACAAUUAAGUACUUGUUCGACAAGUGUUAGAUUCAUUGCAGAGAGAUAGUCUACUUGAAUUAAUAAAAAGGCACAUCACACUAGAUUAUUAGGGAAGACAAUAGGAAAUCUGACGUUGUAGAAGGAAAACACUUGGGAGAGCUGAAAGCCUAUGCAAGUAGACAUCUAAGGAGUCUGAUUUUGUUAAUAUCAAGAGAUUAGAGACAUUAUGUUCAAGCAGUGCCUUCCUCCAUCUUGUUUUAUAUAAACCUUUUCAAGUGAAAUUGUGUUGUUUGCCAUUGUUUUAGUGCUCAUGAACUUUCUUACCAUCACAGGUUCUACUUGACUCUAAUGUUCUUUGCCAUUCAUGUUUUCAACUUACUGGACUUUAGCCACUGUAGGAACAAAGAGCCAUCAGAAUAGUUCUGGGUACAUAGAGGGAAUUGAGCUGCAUCAGUCUUAGUGGGUACAGAACAGAAUCCAGAAUAUUGGAAAGUAAGAAAUGAAAGUUAAGUGCUGAGUUGGUUGGAUGCUGGGUAGCCGGUUACUGAGUUGGCUUUUGAGAGUCUGCACCUGGAACAAUCAUCUGCAGUAAGGUUGCUGAACAGUCACACAAGCCCAUGUAUUUCAUGGGGCUGCAGGGAAGGUGUAUGCAUCGCAAGAGAGGUACCAUCACCAUGGACACCAGUUCCCCAGCUGAGUUUGAAAAAUAGGACCUGAAUUUCAUAGGUGUGAUAUGGCUCCUCUUUAUCCCCUCAGCUUUGUUAAUUUUUUUAAAUCGAAAUUAACUCUCUUUAACGAGCUUCCUUUCUCCUUCCAUCCCCUGCACCCCCAUUUGUACUCUAAAAAGCUUAUGUAUAUAUUUUUUGCUGGGUUUUGCUUUAUUUGAUUCUGUGCUUCAUUCUCCACACUGGCAAGUAAGUACCAAACAAAGAAUGGAAGUCUAAAAGUAUGAUAAACCUCCUCUUCUCCCUUAUUGCCCGCACGGGCAGCAGCUAACGGGAUAGUUGAUUGAUUUAUUUGAGUGAUUCUUUGCGAAUAUAUUCUUUUUAAAUGUACAUACAUGUUUUGAUAUGUUUUUAUAUUCUUUAAUUUUUAUUAUAUUUUGUCCUGACAAGAAAAGUGAAAUAACUGUCCUACGAAAAUCUUUUCUACCCUUUCUAUUUUGCCUCUGUGGGCAAGAGCUACAGAGUAGUUAUUUGAUUUCCUUUUUUUGGAAGAUGGUAAUACUGGGGUAAGAGCAGAGUGUGUUCUUUUUAAAAAUGUGUACAAAUGCACUGCUAUUUUGUGGGUGUUGUUUGAUGUUGUAUUUCAUCCUUCUCAUGGGUAAGUAGAUAUCUAGUGAACCAUAAAGGUCCAAAAGUAUGACAAAUGUCCCCUUUACCCUUCUUCCUGUUGACCAUGUGGACAUUACUGAGUAGUUGUAGUUCGUUCUGAUCUAAUCGAGUCUUGAGGAGAUGGGGGUUGGGGGGAGUGUUGUAUAGCCUUCUUUCAAAUGUACAUAAAUUAUAUAAAUAUUAAGCUACUUUGUAA